AUGAUCAAAGAGGCCGAGCGCGAUAUUGAUCUCACAGCUGCGGUGAAGAACAAUCCGAGUAAUGCGUAUGAUAUGAGCAAACAGACUAGGAGUAGCACUAAACUGCUGAAUAUGUCGGAUACAGCAGCGUCCGGCUCAGGUAAAUCCGCAGAUAGCAACACUCCGCAGAAGUUUGGAAGUGACCCCGAGCCCGGGUACAGCGGAAGCGCAACGGACCUACAAUUACUUUCUUCUCCUGAACUGGUUUUGGACGAGCUAUCGAAUUCCUUUCGAGUGGCGGGGAUAGUCUCGGCCGGCGCACGCACUAUAUCGGCAGCUUCAUCGGUAGAUCAUGUAAAUAUGGCCACUAACGCACCGCCAGAGGAAGGGAGGGACAAUAAAUAUGAUGAGGUUAGCGCCAUAAAUUCGUCGAAUGAUCUGCAGUUGUCAUUACUUGGGAAUAAUGAAUAUUAUGAGGUACCUAGACCAUCUGGUAACAGAAAAGUGUAUUCACAAUUACCAUCUCCUCCAGAUACGAAGGCAAGCAUCAAAAAGGCUAGCGCGGUCGGUGACCCUAAGCGAACCAAGAGGAAAUAUUCUAGAAACGGGUGUACUGAAUGUAAAAGAAGAAGAAUGAAAUGUGACGAAGGGAAGCCCAUAUGUUGGCAGUGUUCCCGCUUGAAUAGGGAGUGCAAGUACAUUCUAAAUGCUAGAAACAAGAAAAGAGCAGCAGCAAAGAAGCAACAGCCUGAAUAUAAUGUAAACGAUUACAGGACCACAUUAGAAAAGCCAGUACCAUCCGCGCAAUUCCAACUAAACUCGUUCACUAAUUCCCUUCCGAUUUCGAACCAUCCAGCGGUUAAUACACCUGACGAAGCCAUUAUUUAUAGUGAUGUUAAUUUAUUGCUGCAGAACUUUAACGAUAUCGUUAAUAUGAAGUUGAAUGACUCCUUAUUCAACUGUGGAACACUCAAUGAUGAUAGCCUCCACGAUCUGGAUCUUUCGACGACAUUUCAUACCAGUGCGGAAAUACCCAAGGUUCUGCUCUCUGAUUACGGAGACACAUCUGUGGAGUUUAAUACUUCAUUAGAGUCCUUCCAUCUGGGUCCAUUUCAUGAGAAAUAUCUUACUGUAUUUUAUCAUGACUGUUUAAACACAAUUGCCCCAUUCUUUGAGGGCCAAACAAACCCACUUCGUGAUAUUCUCUUAUCAUUUGCCAAAACAGAGCCAUAUCUGCUCUCUGCGAUACUGGCGGUUGGCGCGUCGGCAAGAUAUAGAAAAUUUGGCUGUGAAGAUGACGAGAAGGCAUACUGCAACUACCUUUCACAAUGUCUCAGUUUACUGGAUGAUCACUAUAGCGAAGAGAGUAAACUCAUGAGCAAAAUUGCCCCCAUCAUGUUAACUGUUAUACUGUUAGCAUGGGACAGCGUCUAUACAAUGAAUUCUCAAUGGCGUUCCCACUUGAAAGGCGUUACUGACCUAUUGAGAAAGACGGACUCCAUCCCGUCAACCAAGGUUCUCAAUGUCGUGAAAUGUUGGUUCAAGGUGAUAGAGACAUUUGCUGGUAUCAGCACUGUCAUUGGUGGUGCACUCCUUGAUGACGGUGAACUGGACGCUAUCUUUGAUCCAUAUAAUAACGCGUACCUUGCUGCACUCAAACAGCUUAGUAUUAUGACGCCGCUUCAUGAAUUCAAUCUGUUAAGAGGUCAUAAAGAAGACUUUGAUCUUGUUAUUAAGGAGGUUUUCAAGGCGCUAAAUUCCAUCCGGGCAUCAGAUAAAGGUGACACGUUCAAGAAAGAAGGCAUCAUGGGCAAGAGUUUUGAUUAUCUUCAGUGGUCAAGCAUGAUUCCGCCAGCGAUGAGGGAAAGGUUAAGCUAUCUAAGAAUACAAAAAAUCUUAACUGAUAUUGAUAGCCAGCUUUCAUACAAAUUUAUCGACAACAGCGGCAUUAUUCCUAUAAGCAACUGUUCGCAUCCUGAAAAUAGCCAUAUAGUGGAUAAUGCAAUCGAUACAGUCGUCCUCAAUGAUGGUAAAACAAUAGCGAUUAGCUGGUAUGAUAUAUCGCACCAGACGCAGGUUCUAUCUUUUCUACUAAUUGUGCUGCUCAAACUCCUGGGCAUUCCCAAACAGUCAAUUGUAAUCCAAGACGUCGUCAGGAGAAUUACGGGCUUCUUUUCCUUUCUUGAUAGCCCCGAUCCACCGAAGAAUCUUCGGAGCUGUUACUGCAAUUUUGCAAUAUUGAUUGCGGGCCUGAAUUCCAUUGAACAAGAAACCCAGGACAUAAUUAGAAAAUACUACAGGGCCUUCGGUGGGCAAUCCCAUACCUUGAUGAAAUAUAAUCUGGAGAGGUUGGAGCAGGUUUGGAGGUUGCAAGGCACAGAGGAUGCAUCCAGCAUAGAGGACAAGGAUAUUAUCACAUGGUAA